AUGAUUACACAACUCACAAAGAAAGGCCAUAUCAAUUCGAAAGUAUUCAUAUUAGAAAGAAUGCUUCAUUUAUAUUAUUUUGUAAGUCUUUAAUAGAUAAUCUUUUAUUUAAUUAGCAUUUUAGGUGACUUAUAAAGCAUCACAUUUUUAUGGGUUCCUAUUUUUGAAUCCAAAAAAUUAACAUUUUUUUCUAAUAAAAUUAAUUAUGAGUCAUUUAUUAUUUACUUAAGCAGGAUCGAUGAGUUGAUAAACUAUUAAUUCGAUCCAUCUUUACAAUAUUAUUUUAUUCCACUUUUAAUUUAAAUUUUCAUGUUUUUUGUACCCUUAUUCAUAUUGAUUUAUUUAUAAAGCAAAUAAAGGAUACUAAAACUUACUAUUGUUAAUUGCUACUUAAAAUUUAGCUCAAUGUUAUUUCAAAUAUUUCUAACCUACUUAUUUAUUCCUUUUAUGAUAUUAUGUGCUCAGUCUAUAAUUAUGACACUAAAUUAAAAUAAAUCUAUUUUUAACAUAAUUUUCACCUCAUUUUCUCUGGUGUUAACUAUUUUUAUUGCUAUCAUCAACAUAAUGCUCAACAGAGAAACAAUUGAUUUAAAAGUGAAUAGAUUUUAAAAAUUUAAUUAAACGUUUCUGGAUUAUCUUUAAAUAAUCAUUUAGAUAUUGUAAAUUUUUGUUUAUAGUAUUAUAAAAAAUGAAAUUAAUGGAUUAACAUUAUAAAGCAUUUUAGUUCUCACAAUUUCACUAAUUAACGCCUUAUAAGUUUUCUAGUAUGAAUACACUGACAUCAUAAGAGUAAAAAUAAGUUUGAUUAUUUAAUCAUUUGGAUUCACUUCAUCGAUUUAUCAUCUAAUUAUGAAUUUACAAUAAGAUUCAAUAGCUUUGUUUACAAAUACUGGAAUCAUAUUAAUUUUUAUAUCUUUAAGCAAAUUAUUAAUAAUUUUUUAUAAUCAUAGAGAAUAUAAUUUACAAAACAAUAUUAUAUAAAUAAAGCAAUAUUAGAUAAUUAAGUUUUAUUUAUCACGACUCAUUACAGAUGAUAUAUCAAAAAAUGAAAAAAAAAUAAAUAAUUCUAUCAUAUUAAAUUGGAUUAACAAAAUUGUUUAAUAAAAUACAAAUGAUUCAUAAGCAAAGUCGACAUAUUUAAAUAUAUUAACAUCCCAAAAUUUAGAUGCUUUUAUUUAAAAGAAACUAAAAUAAUAUGUAAAAAGUAUCUCAAAAGCAAAAGGAUUUGAUUUGCAUUAUGUAGCCUUAUUAUAUCAUUUUGGGUUUUCAAAUCUAGCAUUAAUUUAAAUAAAUUCAUUAAUCAAUAAACAAUUAAUUUAAACAAAAUAUAAAGGUUUUAUAGGAGAUGUUGAUCUUCCGAGUAGUAAUUUAGAUAGUUCUUAGAAAUUUGCAGCUCACCUAUCAGUUUCUAGUAAAUCUGUUCGAUCUAAUACAGAUGAGAUCAAUGAUAUAGCUAAAAAAGCCUAAUUCAAAAAAAGUAAAUUACUAUUUGUUGGUAAUUAAUAAUUGUCAUUAUUAAAUACUGCAAAAGCUAUGUAUUUAAAAAGUUUGAUAAAAGAAAACUUAUAAUACAAAUUUUAUGAGAAUAAUAAUUCUAAAAAUAAAUUAGAUGAUAUGCAGUAAGGGGUAGAAUUGUUUUUAAAAAAUGAAAAAAGAAAUUAGGGAUUAAAAAAUACAAUGAUUCAAUUGUUAAAUGAGAAAGUAAGUUUUGUUUUAUAAUUUACAACUAAAAAAGCUAUUGAUGCAGAUUAAUUAUAUAAUAAUGCAAUAAAACUUAGUAAAACAUAAAAAAACUUAGAGAAUAAAUUAUUUCUUAGGUAUUAAUAAUUCCCAAGUUUAAAAUUAUAAUCAAUAUUAGUGUUUUAUCAAGGAGAGAUUCUAAAUAAUUAUAUUGAAGCUUAUAAAUAUAAAAAUUUAACAUCAAUGCCUGAAGAAUAAUUAAUUAAUAUGGAUGUUAAUAUUAAAGCAGCAUUUUUCUCAAAAAAAGUGGUUUAUUUAAAUAUAUAAUUAGAGUAUAAUUAAAAUCUCUUAAUUACAAGCAAAUCUGAAAAUUCAUUAAGAUUUUUUUAGAUUUCUUAAGAAGAAUCUAAAUAUUUUACUUGUGUUGAAUAUAUUCUUCCAUUAGCUAUAAAAAAUGAGCAUAGUUUAUUAGUAUAAAGAUUUACAUAAACAAGUAAAUCAAAAUUCUAUUUGAAUUCUAACUAAGCUUUUUUUAAGUUAAAUAAUUUAUUAAUAAAACCAUGCUAACUUUUAUUUGAUAUUCAUUUUGAUAAUGUUAAUCAUUAUAAGUUUUCUGCAUUCUUUUCAGAAUGUAUCAAUUAAUCUGCUUAUAUAUUAGUAGAUAUUAAUGAAAAAGUUGGUGGAAUAACAGAGAGUUUUUUUGAAAAGUUAGGAUUAGAUGAAAAUUAUAGUAAGUAAUUUAAUAAAUAGGAUUCAACAUAAUUACAAAUAGAUUAUUUGAUACCGAAUUUUAAGAAAUUAAUUGAAGCUAAAUAAUAAAAUGCAAUAACAGAAUUAAGAUUUUUAAAGGAAGCAUUUUUAUUAGAAAGUUAUGGUGAGAAAUUAAGAAGUUAAGUUAAAUAGUAAUCAUUAACUUCAACUAAUUGGUCUAAUAUUGAGUAAACAUAUUUAUUUGAAGCAGAAAUAAAUAUUUAAUACUAAGAUAUUUUUGGUUAUAAUUAUUUCAUAAUAGAAAUAAAAGAUGUUAAAUAAUUAUUAAAUUCAAAAAGAUCAUAAGUUUCAAGUAGAUUUAGAAAAUAGGAAGAUUUAGAGGAGUUAUUUGAAUUAUCAAAUUUAUCUGAGAUUGAAGCUAUUGCAUAAUCUCCAAAAAUAUCUAGACAGUAAAACAAAUUCAAGAUUUGUUAUGAUGAGAAUUCAGAUAAGGGUUAAAUGAAACAAAAAAUAGCUUAAGAUAUUGAAGCUAAAUAAAAAGAAGAAAAUAUAUUAUAAGAAUAAUAAAAAUAAUAAAAUCAAUAAGAUAUAUCUUUUUAAUAGAAUAAUAUAUUAAGUCCAAACUUAAGUAAUGCUCCUUGGUAAGAUCAAUCUCAUAUUCCAUUAUAAUUAUAACAUAUCAGCAUUUAAUAAGAUUUUUUUCAUAAAGAAAGUGAUAAUGAGAAAUCAUUUUCAGUAUAUUAAUCAAGGAAUGUAAAAUUGGAUGAAUUAGAGGAAGAGUUUAAAAGUAGAAAUGCAAGAUAAAAGAUAAAUCUACAUUAAAAUAAGAAUAUACAGGGUGAAAAGGAAUAAUCUUCAUCUAAUAAUGCAUUUAAAGGAAUAAAAAGGUCAAUAUUUUAUAAAAAAUAUGAAACAAUAGUUCAAUUAACUGAACCAAUAAUUCCAACAACUUUGAAAAUGUUUAUAUUUUUUUAAGAGCUAACUUACAUAAUUGCAUUAAGUUAUUUUAUUAUAAUUCUUGGUAGUGCAUAAGUAGAUCUUAAUAGAUUUAUAGGUGAGAUUGAUAUGAUCUAAUUGCAUGCAGGAAUAAUGAAUCCUCAUGAUUUAUAUUUGUAAAUAAGGUAACCGAUAAUUACAUACAAUUCAUUUUUAUAGGCAGGAAAAAUCACAAAAGAAGAAUUCAAAGAAUUAACAGAUCCUUUGUAUGAAAAUGUAGGAAUUGGAUAUUAUGAAUUUAAAGAUGGUUUCAUCUAUUGGUUGAAUAAUGAAUAUUUGACACCAUUCUUAAAAGAUUAAAAUAUAACUGUAUACUAUAUGCUGCAUGAUGGAUCUCAAACAUAUCCUAUAACUUAAAAUAUUAGAGAAGCAUUAAUGGGUACAUUGUCAUAUUAUUAUGACUUUAAGUUAAGAUUUGAAGCAAGACUGAGUACAGCUAAUUAAACAUAUUAGGUAUAUUAAUUUGCUAAUAUAUAUAAUUUUCAUUUCUGGUUGGAAGAUUUAACUAUGGAAGUAUAUUAAUAUUCAAAGAAUCGAAGUGUUGAUGUAAGUAAUAAAUGGAGUAUGAUUUGGAUUAUUUAUCUUAUGGUUAAUAUUUGUCCAUUGUUUGCAAGCUUAUUUUAUUAUAGGAUAUUCAAUUCUAAAUUUGAUUAAUUUACAAGUCUUUUUAAGUAUUGUUCAUCUUAUAGAAUGGAAUUAGAAUUGGAAAGAUUAAAGUAUAUUUUAAAAAUAAUUAAUAAAAAUAGUGAUUUAUUAUUUAAUUAUUAGUUUUACAUAGAUUAAAAGGAGGAAGAAAUUGCUAAAUAAAAAUAAGAACAUGAAUAAUAAAAAGUUAAAGAUAUUAAAAUUUAGUAAUAAUUUAAAAAGAUAUCUUUUGGCAUCAAGUUUAUUCUUGUAAUUUUGGGUUGGAUGGUUUUUUUUGGGUUGAGUUUAGUAUCUAAUAUUUAAAUAGGAGAAUAUUUAAAUAAAUAUUCAGCAACAGCAGAUGCUUAUAAAUUAAUUUAAGAUAUGUCAUUAUAUGCAGGAACUCUUUAUAGAAAUAGAGAUUUUGGACUUGCUUUUGCAAAUUAUCCUUAUUUGAGACCUUUUGAUGUAGAAAAGUUUUAUUUUACCAUCAAUACAGGUUUAGAAACUAUAGAUUAAUUCUUAAAAUUUUCUUACACUUUUGAUUCCUCCAAAUAUUAAACAUCUUUAGAAUUCUUCGAAUUUUUUUAAUCUUUGUAAGAAAAAAAUAUCUGCAUUGUUUUAGGUGAUGAAAAUUUGGGAUUUUUAAAAUAAUAUUGUGAGAAAUCAUUAUAAGGUACUUUAUUAUUAGGAUUGUUUCCUACAUUAAAAUUUAUUUCUAAUUCUAUUUCUAUUUAAAUGCAAAUUAAUAAUUUUACAAAAAGAGUAGAAUUUACUAAAUAUGAAAAUGAAGGUAGUCUUAUAGUGUUAAGAGCAUUUUAAUUGAUGAGUAAAUAAUUUAAAAUAGGUAUGGUCAAUGUAACAGAAUAAUAAAUUAUGAUAUGCAAUACUAUUUCAAUCAUUUUUAUUGUAUAUUCUUUAUUAUUGAUGGCUUAUUUUUUAUUUAUAUUAAUGCAAAAAUUAAUAAAGGAUUUGAACUUAGCAAGAAGAUUUAUUUUAUUAAUUCCAUCAACUGUUUUAUUCUUGGAUGAUCAAUUUGAUAGACAUGUUCGAAUUCUAAUUGCAAGCUAAGAAUAUUGA